AGCGUUAAGUUUGACCUGUGGUUAUUUAUGUCUUGUGACGAGAGGUGAUAGUUAAGAGAAACCAAACGUUUGUGCGGUAAUGAUAGUAGUAUGCCAUUUUCCCGAUGUUUGUAGUGGAUAAUUAUCUUUGUAUUGUUGUGUUAUAAAAUCAGCUGAUAUUUAUUCGACGUGUAAGUGAUGUUUUAUGUUUGUCGACGUCCCGAAUUUUUGUGGUUUGACGUGUGAAACUAAUUCGUAGACAGAAAUGGCGAAGGAAGAGAUAGACGAUCUCCUUCCUGACAAAGAUGCUGCGAAAGGUUUUUACGCGAAAUACGAACCAAAAGAAAUUCUUGGAAAAGGCAUCAGUUCUACAGUCAGAAGAUGCAUAGAAAAGGAAACUGGCAUUGAAUAUGCGGCGAAAAUAAUCGACCUUAGCAGUGAUUCGCAUGAUGGAGCAGAUGGAAAAACUAUGCUGGAAGCUACAUUGGAAGAAAUACACAUUUUAAGAAUGGUUUCUGGACAUCCAUAUAUCAUUGAGCUGCACGAUGUUUUUGAAUCCAGCACCUUCAUUUUUUUGGUGUUCGAACUGUGUAAGAAUGGUGAACUAUUCGAUUACCUUACUUCAGUGGUGGCACUCUCGGAGAAGAAGACAAGGUAUAUUAUGCGGCAAUUAUUUGAAGCUUUGCAGUAUGUACAUGGUAAAAAUAUAGUUCACAGAGAUUUGAAGCCAGAAAACAUUUUACUGGAUGACAACUUUAAUAUUAAAUUGACAGACUUUGGUUUUGCAAGGGUUGUAAAACCAGGUGAAAAGUUAUUUGAUAUAUGUGGAACACCUGGCUACUUGGCUCCCGAGCUGCUGAACUCGGCUAUGUAUCCUGACGCUGAUGGCUAUGGACAGGCUGUCGACAUCUGGGCAUGUGGUGUCAUCAUGUUUACACUGUUAGUUGGCUGCCCACCAUUCUGGCAUCGGAAACAGAUGGUAAUGCUCCGCAAAAUUAUGGAAGGGGACUUUUCUUUCACAUCUCCAGAAUGGGCUGAUAUAACAGAGCCCCCAAAGGAUUUAAUACGGAAACUGCUUGUAGUUGACCCAAAUGAAAGAAUCAGUAUUAAAGAAGCCCUUAACCAUCCCUUCUUCCAAAUUAUGUUUUGGGAUCAAGAUAACUCUGUGAAAGGUGGGACUUCCAGGAGAUUUAGUCGAAUAUGUCAGAUCACACUGGAACAUAAAGAACAGAAAUUUGAUGCCCGCAAGAUGUUCAAAUUUGGAAUACUCUGUGUUCGAGCCAUCGUACGAAUUCAACGACUUCGCUUUACACCCGAGCCAUUAUCAAUGGAAGUAGCAAGAGUUGACCCGUACAGGAUAAAAGUACUUCGCAAGGUGAUCGAUGCAUGUGCCUUCAGAGUAUAUGGCCAUUGGGUGAAGAAAGGUGAAGGUCAGAACAGGGCUGCCUUGUUUGAGAAUAUGCCAAAGGUAGAACUGAAACAGAUAUAUGUGAACAACCUUAGUCGGUAAUGGAAUCCUUCCUUAGAAUUAUUAAAUUAAUGACAAAUUCAUAUUGUGAGGAGGAAGUGUAGGAAGAUAGGUAGGGCACUCUUAGAAUGAAAAUAAAAGAAUGCUGUUUCGUAAGUAAAACAUGAGAUCUUAAAACCUACAAUAAGUUCUACCAUGGACUGUUCUAUCAUUGUUACAAUUUUGUACUAAGGUGUUCAGCUGUACAGAUUUUAAGUAAUUCUGAUCUGAAGUCAGAAUAAUGUCUUCCUAUCUUACACUGUGUGUCAAUGUUUAGCAUGCAUAAAUAUUUGUACUGAAAGGUGACUGCCCAUUAAAUAUUUGACUUUCUUUUAACAAAUGCAGUUGCCCACCAGUAAAACAAUUGGUCUUGGUGAAACGUGCUUAGAUAAAAAGAAAAGAAAUCGUGCUUUCCUUUUGCUGAUGAAUCUGUAUGUUCAGUACAUUGGGUUAGUCUCUCA